AUGGGAAUGGCGGUGGCGUCUGCUACAGUGUCCCGCGCCAUGUCCAAGAGGAUAGAAGACAUGAAGGCGUCUUCCUCCUCGUCCGACUUGUCUCCUUCUCAACUUCAACCUUCCUCUGCAGCAAGCGCACCCAAGGGAUCAAACUCACCGCUCAACUUGUUGAAGAGAAAAAAUUCGGAACCCAGCAUUCAUGGAAGCUUGGUGGAGGAAUUGAAGCUGCGAGAAUGCGGCAAGCAGCUUCGAUCUGGCAUCCUCGAGAAGAAGAUCGCUGGUACAGUCGUCACAUGGAAGACACAAGGCGUCGUCCUCACCGACCGCAUGAUCUGCUUCCUCAACGACGAUGGCGUCAUCGAGGACGACGAGACCGUGAUCGACUACAUCCCGCUGCAUGAGGUGGUGCAGCUGAUGAUGGAGGGGGAGAACAAGAGUGAGCGCGAGGAGAAGCUUUGCCUCAUCAUCCGCACGGUAGAGGGAGGACACAACUCCGGGCGUACGUACGUGUAUCGGAUGAAGACGGAGGCGGAGUGCCUGGAAUGGCACAAGGACAUGUCGACGGGGCUGAAGCUGGCGAUGAAGGCGAAGCGGAAGGAGAAUGCGCUGAAAGAGAUCGGGGACAGCAAGUAUCUGUGGCUGCGCUUCAAGGCGAAGAAGCUGAUCAAGGCGCGGACAACACACAUAGUGAUGUCAGUGCUGAUUUUCCUCAACUUCUUCGUGGAUGUGUUCGAGGCAGAGAGCCUGCCCGAGGCGUCAUCAAGCGAUGGAUUGUUUGUGAGGACGGUAGGGAUACUUGUUACAGCUUUCUUCACAGUAGAGGUGUCGGUAGCAGCGUUCGCCAUGUCCGAGAACCACUUCAAGCCCUUCUACUCAGACCCCUGGAACAUCAUGGACCUCAUGGUCGUCGUCAUCUCUCUCGUAGUCACUCCCUUCGAGACAGACCCGCAGCUGAAGGUGUUGGGGCUUGUGCGGAUCUUCAGGGUAGCGCUUGUGUUCCGACAGGUGAAGAGCUCGCACACAAUCAUCACGGCGCUGGGGAGGGCGGUGGUGCCGCUGAUGAACGCGUUCAUGCUGCUGCUGCUGGUGUCGUGCUUCUACGCGAUCCUGGGACGCAUCUGUUCAAGGACUACAACAAGACUUCUUCGGAUGGCAGUGUUCCAGAUCAUGACGGGAGACUCGUGGGCAAGCUCGGUAACGCGGACGCUGUUCGACGAGGUUGGGCCGGACGACGCGGAGGCAGGGAACCUGAACCGGCGGGUGGCGCUCUUCUCGAUCUCGUACGUGAUCAUAGCGACGAUCAUCCUGGUGAACAUCGUGGUGGCGGUGCUGCUGGACGAGUUUAUCUCGUCGGUGACGCGAGAGAAAGAGGAGCAAGCGAGGCUGCUGCAGGAGCAGCGGGAGCUGGAGGCGAAGGCUUCGAGGAUCUCAGGGGUGCUGGCCCCGCUGCUGGUGUCGAUCUCGUCGUUCAACGACAACGUGGACUUGUCGAGUCGGAUCAAGCAGCUGUACACGAUGCUUGACGCCGACGGGGGCGGCGGGCUGGACUUCCACGAGCUGAACGCGGGGCUGAAGCAGCUCCCGCUGCCGACGCCGAUCCAUCUGACGCUGGACGACUAUGACAUCAUCACGGAGGGAGGAAACCUUUGCAAGGAGGAUGGGGAGUUCGACGCGGACCAGUUCCAGUCCAUGGAUCACUCGAUCUUGUUCAUGCUGAAGCUGCUGACGAUGACGGUGGACGAGAUCCAUGCGGGGAUGAAGCAUAUGGAGAAGCAGCAGGCGGAGGUAGAGGGGGUGGGGGAGAAGGUAGAGAGGAUGUGCAAGGAGCUAGGGGAUAGGAUGGAAGCGAUGUUCAAGAAUCGGUCGCCGUCGACCCCUUAUGGCAUCGAAGGAUUUUCGAGCAGAACGAUGAGGGGAGAGGAGGGUGAGGGUCAGGCUCGUCCUCCAGCUCCUCGCGGGAGAUCGCCUUCCUCUCCCGAGCGGAUGGUGUACCCCAGUGCGGUCAUGAGGAUGGAGCAGGCCAACAGAGAUCACGGGGAGCAGAAGCAGAAGCUGCUGCAGGAGCUGCAUAACGGAAGCCUCUCCUCUCCUCGGCGACAGGACUCGGUCAGAGGACGAGGAGAGAGGAGGAGGAGGAGGGAAGAAGGUCGCUCUCCGAGGACCUUGGACAUGAACGAAGACGGAGAUGGAAGGAGCAGAGGAGCAGAGCAUUGGAUCAACUCGCUCAAGGCGCAGGAGCCGGAGAGAGCGAGCCCCAUAGAUCAGGCAGCUCUCGCCAAGUUCUAUCAAGUGCGGCGGUACCAGCACCUGACAGGAACCAGCGAUCAAGUUCGCGCUCCUCCAGCAGUCACCGACGGGGACGGUAGGAUGGUCUUCCUGCAUGAGAGACUUGCCGAGCGAAGCAUGUCGGAGCGAAAGUUUCUCCGCCUUCCGCUUUCUCCGCAGCCUUCCGAGCACGACCGGUCGCCGUCUGGCUGGAGUCCUGCUGGGCAGGGCACGCAGAGCCCGAUGGAAGGCUAUCACUUGAUGUGA